CCGCCGAAUUCAAAACCCGACCCGACACGACACGACACCUCAUAUUUAUAUGGAGCCACCCAUUAAAUCAAAUUGAAUACCAUAUUUUUCAAAGUCAGUUGCAGCACCUCAUUUUACUCCCCAAUCUCUGCAAAGUUCAGACCACGUUGCAGAGUAGUAGGUACCACACACACUAUUACCAUGGGAGGCGUCGCCGUCGCCGUUCUUCAGCCGUUCACGCUGUGCCGGCCGCGCGGCGGUUGGACUCCGACGACGAGGCCGAGGAGUUGUGCUGUUAAGAGCAGGAGGAACGGCAUCAGAGUGAGGGUGAAGCCAGCGAGGGCAGCUCUAGUGGAGGCUAGACCGACGGCGAUAAGAGUCAGAGACGAUGACGUUGUCGACGGAGGUGAUAGGUCGGUGAAGGUGCAGAUCUAUCGAGGCGGCGCCGUCGAUCGUGCGGACGAUAUUCAGGCGGAGGCGAGGGCCUUGGCACGUGCCGUAAAUGCCUCCGUUUACAGCCCCGAGUUUCUGGUCGUCAAGUACGGCUCUAGCCCGGUCAAGGUGAUUCGGAGGACUCUGAAGAUUUUGACAGGGCUAGGUUCGUUUGGGUUGAAGUUGCUUAUCGAUCAAAGGAAAGGCGUGAUCGAUCAGAAUAAAAGACGGCGAGCUGUGGAGCUCAGGCAAAUUUUCACUCGUUUGGGACCUACUUUUGUCAAAUUAGGUCAGGGCUUGUCAACAAGGCCUGACGUCUGUCCGACGGAGUAUCUGGAGGAGCUCUCUGAGCUUCAGGAUGCUUUGCCGACAUUUCCGAAUGCAGAAGCAUUUGCGUGCAUUGAGAAGGAGCUGGGAGUACCACUUGACUCGAUUUACUCGUGCAUAUCUCCAUCUCCAAUUGCAGCAGCUAGUUUAGGUCAAGUCUACAAAGCUAAACUCAAGUCUUCUGGACAGGUGGUUGCUGUUAAGGUGCAACGCCCUGGCAUUGAAGAAGCUAUAGGACUAGACUUCUAUCUCAUCAGAAAUCUAGGAUUCGUCAUAAAUAAAUAUGUUGAUGUGGUAACUACGGAUGUUGUGGCCCUUAUUGAUGAAUUCGCAUGCAGAGUUUAUCAAGAGCUCAACUAUGUGCAGGAGGGACAAAAUGCGAGGAGAUUUAAGAAAUUGUAUGCUGACAAGAAAGAUGUUCUUGUCCCAGACAUUUUCUGGGAUUAUACCAGCAGCAAAGUGUUGACAAUGGAGUGGGUAAAUGGAGUCAAAUUAAAUGAGCAAGCUGCCAUUGAGGGUCAAGGGUUGAAAGUAUUGGAUCUGGUGAACACUGGCAUACAGUGCAGCCUCAGACAGCUACUUGAGUAUGGAUAUUUUCAUGCAGAUCCUCAUCCUGGGAAUCUCUUGGCAACGCCUGAAGGAAAGCUUGCCUUUCUUGAUUUUGGAAUGAUGAGUGAGACACCAGAAGAAGCUAGAUAUGCUAUAAUCGGUCAUGUUGUUCACAUGGUUAAUCGGGAUUAUGAAGCUAUGGCUAAUGAUUACUAUGCUCUAGAUUUCUUAUCGCCUGAUGUAGAUGUUUCUCCAAUUGUACCAGCACUCCGGGACUUCUUUGAUGAUGCACUUAAUUCUACUGUUAGUGAACUUAAUUUUAAAACACUGGUGGAUGGUCUAGGUGCUGUGUUGUAUCAAUAUCCAUUCAAUGUCCCAGCUUAUUAUGCAUUGAUAUUAAGGUCACUCACUGUACUAGAAGGUUUAGCCCUUUAUGCUGAUCCUAACUUCAAGGUGCUGGCUGCUUCAUACCCAUAUUUUGCUAAAAGGCUUCUGACAGAUCCAAAUCCGUAUCUCAGAGAUGCUCUGAUUGAGUUGCUUUUCAAGGAUGGAAAGUUUAGGUGGAACCGACUAGAAAGCUUGCUGGAUCAAGGAAGCAAGGAUAGAGAUUUCUCUGCAAAAGAUGCUUUACAGCCUGUGUUGAAGUUAUUAUUGGGUCCAGAUGGUGAAGAACUUCGGACUUUAGUUGUAAAGGAGGCUGUGCGUGUCACUGAAGCUUUCAUUUGGGGCACAGCUAUUGACUCAUACAAUAUUAUACCCGAUUUUGUGAAGGGUUUGAUAGUUAAUGGCAAUGCUACUGGACCACUCGCAAUGAGCAUUGCUGAACAAGAAAGCAUGAUAGCACUCCGAGAUCAAGUAAUCAGGAUUUGGGGACUUCUAAGGACCUCUGAGAGUUUUGAUCCUGCCAUUUUGCAGCCCAUUUUACAAGUCCUUCAACAACCUGAAGCGCGCAACCUAGGGGGACAAGUUAUUGGUGGGAUCACACAGCGACUUGCAGCACGGUUGCUGCAACAAGUUCUUCGAGUGCCACCAACAGUUCCUGCUUCGAAUUUGUGACCAGUGGAAGACAUUCGGGUACAGCAUAUAUGUGUUGUAAUGAUGCUCUCGAGUUGAAGAAAACUAGGAAAGAGGAUGAUAUUUGAACCAUUUUACCAUUUUUGUCACCAUCACUUGGUUUGAAAUGAAAGUACCUGUGUGCUUAACCGAAAGUUAAAUCUGUAGGGUCGUAUAGAAGCUUCUCAAACUAUUUUUUAGUGUAUAUAUUACUCUUGCUUUCAUAUGUCUUACAUAAGUGACAUAUCGACUCACCCUGGUCCAACCAUUCAUUUAUAUAUUACACAGCAUGUGAACAGUUUUUUUUU